CGUAAACAUUUUACUACACUCAGACAGAAAGUGAGACGGUAACGAGCGGCGUGCUUGGAAGUGGCGCAUUGUUAAAUGAGUAACAUUUGUAACGGCUGUAAGUCUUGGAUUUUGUCUUGUGAUUGACUUUUACCGCUUCAGGUCAAGAUGUUUGGCUUUCAUAAGCCAAAGAUGUACCGCAGCCUCGAUGGAUGUUGCAUCUGCAGGGCUAAGUCCUCCAGCUCUCGUUUUACUGACAGCAAACGUUAUGAGAGAGACUUUCAGAGCUGCUUUGGUUUAGGUGAGACUCGCUCUGGUGAAAUCUGCAAUGCUUGUGUGCUUCUGGUAAAGCGGUGGAAGAAGCUUCCUGUUGGUUCUAAGAAAAACUGGAAUCAUGUGGUGGAUGCCCGGGGAGGACCCAGUCUGAAAACUACAGUUAAGUCAAAGAAAGUCAAAUCAUUGUCCAGACGAAUCAGACCAAACCAGAUCACCCGGGUUCAGAAGGAACUGAAAAGACACAAUUCGGACGCUCACAGCACUACCUCCAGUGCAAGCCCAGCCCAAUCGCCCAGCUACAGUAACCAAUCAGAUGAAGGGUCUGAUUCUGAAUUGGCACCUGGCUCCACCCGCUCUCCUGUCUUUUCCUUCCUGGACCUGACGUACUGGAAAAGGCAGCGGAUAUGCUGUGGCAUCAUCUAUAAAGGUCGCUUUGGUGAGGUCCUGAUUGAUCCUCAUCUCUACAAGCCCUGCUGUCAGAAAAAACAAGAGCAGGAGGAAGAUGACGAGGAGGAGGAAGAAGAAGAAGAGGAGGAUGAGGGUGACCUUGAAAAGGAGGAGGUCCAAAGCAGUCAAGAAAUGAUUUCUUCCACUCAGCCACACUCGCCUUCUCACCAAAUAAAAAUGGAGCAGAAAGUGGAUGGGGAAUGGUGAUGAUCCCAGGGUACUGAUUUGGCAUUCUAAGGAAGCCUUCGAGAGUCAGGGGGCUGCAGUGUUGCUCUCAAAGACGUUCUCUCAGUUUGCCUUCAAUUCAAGAGCAGCUGGAUCCUUGUUUCUUUCUUUCUGGUUAAGAAUGUGUCUCAGUUCUUUGGCCAUCGAGUCAAAUUGUUUAUUAAUCAGACUGAAUCCGUAUCCUUAUUUUCCAGAGCUUGGUACCACGCUAUUCCAUUUCACUCCUUGUGUGGAGUUUCCUGCUCGUUUUUUUUUACAACAAGAUUAUUUAUGUAAGUCACAGAAUGCUGGAUCUACAAAUCGUGCAUAAAAACGGAGACCCAACUUUGUGACCACACUCCUGCACUGUCACUAUUGUACCCUUAAGUGGGGUGCUGUAUCACCACUGUGCCCUUCCUCUGAGAUGAGUUUCUCAGCAGUCAGUGUACAGUAUUAGUGAACAGCAAACAACAAAAUUUAAGUAAAUUAAAAAGAUAAUGUUCAACUAUUUUGUUGGCACACAACCGUUAUGUAGAGAAACUUUUGAUCCUUUUCUUUUUAUAUAUCGAUAUUUAUUUUAUUUUGUGCAACUCUUUCUUGUUAUGGCCGCCCUAUUCCUGUUUUUCCUGGUUUGAUGUUCACCCAAAAAUGAAAGUUCCCAUUACUCAUCCUCUUAUCGUUCCAAACCUGUAUGAUUUGAUUUUUGUGUAUUUAUGAAGAAUAUCAUAGCUGCUGUUUUUUAUUUAACAAUGACAAAAAAAAAAACGGCAUAAUAUAACCUUUUGCAUAAGGCUUCUGCACUUAUUUUCAAGUCUUUAACGUUAUACUACUAUAGUAGCAAAAUGUUGGUCUUUUUUUUUUUUUACAAAAAAAUGCUGCCAUCACAUCAAGUCAUAUGGGACACUUUUACGAUGUUUUUUAUUGUCAUUUGUUAGUGUAGUAAGUUGUAGAAUUAGUAAAGCCCCAUUCACUAUAUUUCAAGAUAUUCUUAUAACAAAAUAACUUUAUUCCUAAUUAGAAAAGUGUUUUGGUGAUAUGAGAGUGGGUAAACGGUGACUUUUGGGUGAAUUAUUCCUUUAAAGGGGAGUUCACCCCAAAAUUAAAAUUGUCAUUUACUCGCCAUCAAGUUGUUCCAAACCUUUAUUUAUUUCUUUGUUCUGCUCAACAAAAAUAUAGAUUUUUAAAAAUGUUUGAAACAAGCGGAUCUGGGGCACCAUUGAAGUCCAUGCUAGGAAAAGAAUAAUACUAUGGAAGUCAAUGGUGCCCCAGAUCUGUUUGGAUACUUUUUUUUUAUAUCUUCAUUUGUGCUUCACAGAACAAAGACAUGUAAACAUUAUUAGGAUUUGAACAACUUGAGGAUUGGUAAAUUAUAAAAUUUCAAUUUUGGGGUGAACUGUUCAUUUAACCUAAUUGAUUUCUGUAUUCAGCUAAACUCAACUCGGUGGUUUUUUUUUGCAAACUGGGCAUGGCCGACCAAAAAUGUUGCCUAGCUGUCAGCACUUGCAUUCGGUGUACUAAUGUAAAUAUUCAGAAUUGUAGAUUUGACUUAAGGUUUUUGGGAAAGAUCAGUGUGAAGCAUGAACGCUAAGGAAACUGUAUUGAUCUGCAUGAAUUUUGCAUGGCCUUCUAAGAUGUUCAGGACUUUUAGUUUUAGUUUUUUGCAACCGUGUUGCAACAUGUGAGCAAAUACAGAGACGGUCCCAUUAUAUAUUUUUGUAUAUAAAGGAAAAAACAACAAAAACAACAAGUCAGAUUGCAAUGGGACGUCUUAAGAUGUCAAUGUUGUUAAAUAAUUACAGGGAGUCAAGAUAUAUUUUAAAAUUGGAUAUUUUCAAUAUUGUCUCAUACUAAAGCCAAAAAAGGCCAUGAUUAUUCCUAUUUAUUCUGUCAGUGUUUAUAUACCUCCUUUCUCUGUAAAUAAACUGUACUACUAAUGGCAUAUAUUAUUCUUUUCAGUGUCAUAAUAAGAUGGUACACAUGAUUUGUUUUGCUGUGCUUUUAAUUUUGUUUGUUUGAUUGCUUGCUUUCUUCAGGGAAAACGUUUGUCAACAUUAAUAUCAGAAAUACUGAAAAGCUAAACCAAUAUUACCUAUGCUUGUACAUUUUUGAUAUACAUUACCUGUCUUAAUAAGCUGUCAUAUACAAGCAAUGAGUGUUCAUGCUAUAUUUAUCCAUUUAUUUUCUACAUAUAGUCAAAUAAUUCUGUCCUUUCUGGUUUAAUUUUAUUUUGAUGGACUUGGCGGUCUCGGGUUGUACAAGUUCAGUUUCACUCAACUGUACUUUUGUUUAAUUCCAUGAGAUGGCACUGUGGAGCUCACUUUUUUCACACAAUACACUCAAUUGCACAUCUUCUCAGUUUUUAAAUUGGUAUUUUGAUUGUGGCAGCUUUGUUGGUGAAUUUGCCAUAUAACAGAAUGACGUGAAAAGUGAAUGUGUUACCAUCUGAUCAGGUGUAGCACUUAAAUGUUGGUUAUGAUGAUAAAUGGCGGUAUUUGUAAAUAUUCUGAGAUGUGUUAGACUGAACAACGGUUAUGAUUACCUUUUUUAAAUCGUAUUUAUUUUAUAUUUAUUUGCAACACUUGUCUCAUGGUAUAUUUGUUUUAAUCACAUUAUCCUGUAGGACUCAACGGUCCUAACACACAGCAAUAAGGACUGAAUGCUUUUACACAGCCAAGACUCACUAAAUGGAGAACUGAACAGCUGAUUUUUGUGUAUGUCAAGUUCAGCAAUUUUUUUUCUUUCUAAUGCAUAGAUACUCAUGUGAUACCUUUCCUUUUAGACUAGUACUUUAGUUGUAGUGCUUUAGGCAUGUAUGGUAGCUAUGCACUUUGUAUUCACAUUCUUAGAGAUAUAUGAAGCAGGCUUUGUAUUUUUUUACAUCUUGUACUUUUCACUUGUUCCUCAAUAAAUGUAAUUUGUGAAGGUUA